GUCCAUUGUUUAUGGUCAUCCAAAACAAAGCAUCACUCACUCCAUUUCCACCUCCCGCCAAACUCCUGAAACCAAAAACCUCAUUUGGCGCCUUAAACGCUUCCCUACUUCUCCAACUUCAGAUCCAUUUUCCUCACACCCACUCCAAAUCAAUCCUUCAAUUUUAUUCAACCGUUUCGGAAAAACAAACCAUUAUGAAGGUCCGGUCAGUGAAAAUGAGGGAGGCUCACACUCAAAAGGGCGGCCGUGCUUCCUUCUGCUCAGUCCUAUGGGACCAGCAAGCCCAACAUCUGGUAACUUCCUCUUCUUCCGAUGUGUCUGUCUCGAUUCAUAACCCUCUUCUUCCCUCCGCCGCCCCUAAAAUCCUCCGUCACCACCGUGAUGGUGUUACUGCUUUGGCUCUUAGCCCUAAUUCCACUUGUCUUGCUUCUGGAUCUGUCGAUCACUCCGUUAAACUCUACAAAUUUCCAGGUGGAGAGUUUGAGACAAAUAUAACGAGGUUCACACUUCCGAUACGUUCCCUAGCAUUUAACAAGAAAGGAAGCAUGUUAGCAGCUGCAGGUGAUGACGAGGGCAUCAAGCUCAUAAACACAGUUGAUGGCUCUAUUGCGAGGGUUCUGAAAGGGCACAAAGGACAGGUCACCGGCUUAGCUUUUGACCCUAAUGGUGAAUACUUAGCAUCUCUGGACUCAAAUGGAACCGUUAUCAUAUGGGAACUGCAGUCAGGGAAAAACCUUCACAACCUCAAAGGCAUCGCUCCUGACACUGGGUUAGAUGUUUCAACCAUGAAUGUUCUUUGUUGGAGUCCCGAUGGUGAGACUUUAGCCAUUCCCGGGUUGAGAAAUGAUGUCGUAAUGUAUGAUAGGGACACGGCUGAGAAGUUGUUCUCUCUGAGAGGAGAUCAUAACCAGCCUAUAUGUUUUUUGUGUUGGUCACCGAAUGGCAAGUACAUGGCUACUUCGGGAUUAGAUAAACAGAUUCUGAUAUGGGAUGUUGAUAGGAAGCAGGAUAUUGACAGACAGAAGUUUGAUGAAAUAGUGUGUUGCAUGGCAUGGAAGCCAAUUGGGAAUGCGUUGACUGUUAUUGAUGUUAUGGGAAAAUACGGCAUAUGGGACAAUGUUAUUCCUUCGUCUAUGAAGUCCCCAACGGAGGAUAUCCCUAUGCAGGGCAAGAACAAUAAAGGGCUUCUUUUGUAUGACGAGGAAGAUCAGAACAAUGGUUUUAGUGAGAGCUUGAGUGAUCUUGGUGAAAAUAGUAACGGGGAGUUUGAGCCACCAACUAGCAGGAAAAGAUUGCGCAAGCAUUCCUUGAGCGAGGAAAAUUUUGACGAGGAUGGAGACGAUGGAAUUGAUCUAUAUCCAAAAAUUGAGUCUCACAAGAAAAGGAACCGGUCAGCCAAGGAGAAUUUGGAUAAUGGCAAUGUGGGAUUUAGAAGCACAAUUUUACCCAAGACAAAAAUGCAGGAGGCAUUUCAACCAGGAGCCACGCCAGUGCAGCCUGGAAAAAGGCGCUUCUUAUGCUACAAUAUGCUUGGAAGUAUAACCACUGUCGAUCACGAUGGGUACUCUCAUAUUGAGAUUGAUUUUCAUGAUACUGGAAGUAGUCCUCGAGUUCCAUCAAUGACUGACCAUUUUGGAUUUACAAUGGCUGCAUUGAAUGAGAAUGGAAGUGUCUUUGCAAAUCCUUGCAAGGGGGAGAAGAACAUGAGCACACUCAUGUAUCGCCCAUUUAGUAGCUGGGCUAGUAAUAGUGAGUGGUCUAUGCGCUUUGAAGGCGAAGAAGUAAAGGUUGUUGCACUUGGUGCUUCUUGGGUGGCUGCAGUAACUAGUUUUAAUUACCUUCGGAUCUUUACUGAGGGUGGUAUGCAGAGACAUGUAAUUUCGCUAGACGGGCUAGUGGUGACUGCAUCGGGUUUCAAGGAUAAGCUUGCAGUUGUCACUCAUGCUACUGAUUGCCUUUCCUCAAACGAUCAGGUGUUAGAGUUUAAGUUAUUUAAUAUAACACAUGGGACUCAACCCCUUCGCGGUCGCUUGCCAAUAACUCCUGGUUCCUCUCUAAGUUGGUUUGGGUUUAGUGAAGAGGGCCAAUUGUGUUCUUAUGAUUCCAAGGGUGUGCUAAGAUUAUAUACAAGCCAAUUUGGUGGUAGCUGGUUUCCAGUCUUCAGUGCUUUUAAAGAGAAGACAGAUGAAAACUAUUGGAUGGUGGGUUUGCAAACAAACAAGUUAGUUUGUGUAGUAUGCAAAAAGCCUGAAUUCUUCCCACAGGUGGUGCCUAAACCAAUUCUUACUUUAAUGAAUCUUGCGUUUCCACUCGCUACUUCUGAUUUGGGAUCUGAAGCCCUUGAAAACGAGUUUAUGAUGAACAGCAUGCAUCUCUUUGAGAUUCAGAAAAAAAUGGAAGAAAUGGAUAAUGCUGGUUUGGAUGCCAGCUUACUUGAUGAUGAUGCUUUCAAUUUGGAAGCUGCACAAGAUAGAUGCAUACUAAGACUUAUAGCAUCCUGCUGCAAUAGUGAUAAACUUGUGAGAGCUACUGAACUUGUGAAGCUUUUGUCACUGGAGAAAUCAAUGAAAGGUGCAAUAAAACUUGUUACUGCUCUGAAGCUUCCAAAUUUGGCCGAAAAAUUCAAUGGCAUAUUGGAGGAAAGGCUAUAUAAUGAAGUUAAAAAGACUAAAGAAACCAACCUCAAGGAAAACAGUUUUGCACCCGUUACAUCGGAUACUCUACCUAGCGGUAGCAAGGCCGAAACAUCAAAAGCAUCUAUCAUUUCAUCAUCACCAAAUUUAUCUGCACCGUUGUUCACAAAGAAAAAUAAAACACAAGAAGCAGCUAAAGAUGGAACGAAUAAAACUGCAGAGGUGGAUGGAAGUAUGAAAGCAAAGCAGACAGGAGGGGAUGAAACAAGUGACAAGAAGGGUAAGGAGGAAGUGCAAGCUCCUCCUCAUCCACAUGGUUCGUCGAUAAAGUUGACAAAUAAGCAUGGCACUAACAAAUCAGAACCUAGUUUGGUGACACCAACAAGACCUUCCAAUCCAUUUUUGAAGUCUGCAAUAAAAUGAAUGUAUUUACCAGUUCAAUGAAUGAGUUGUCAUGUAGAGAUCAAAUGUCUGAGAUAUGGUGUUUUAAGGAGUGGCUUGCUUCUUAUUUACUAUAUAUGAUAUAUGCCAUAUGGUGAUAAUCUUAAUAUAAAGAUCAUUAUUAGGAAGGAAGCUAAGUAAUUUAUUUGAUAGUGACCCCCGGGUUCAAGCCACCACAAUGAUGGAUCACUUUAUGAAGCAGGAAAGCCUUGAUGAAAUGGAAAAAUCCUUUGUAUAUUGUCAAAAAGUAUUGGUUGAAAUUCACCAAAAAAUAUAUUAGUAUAAUACUGUUUGGUAUCAA